AUGCGACGUGCACAAAUUGAUUGCGACACGGCCGGCACCGCGGAUGCCGUCAACCACAGCGAUUAUGGCACGGUCCGCGGCCUGGAGAUGCUGGACUUUGCUAAACUCGCUAUUCCCCAACGUGCGCUCAAUCUGCAAAGUGAAUUCGCUAUGGCGCAUUCGAUUACGGACCCGUCUCCCGCCUCUGUCGAAGAAAACUGCCCAGCAUUCGCAUCGGGCUGUCCAUUUUCUUCCACGAAGGACGAAGCUAAAGUUUCGUCCAUCAGCAAGUGCCCGUUCUUCUCGGAGGGGUGUCUGUUCAAAGGCACCAGCAACGUGCACCACUUGCGCACGAUGUUGGAAUCGUCGAUUCCGGCGUCACAUCUGCACCACGAUUCCCCACUCAAAGAGAACGUCAUCUCCAUGUUCAAGUUCAUCCACGACGCGAGUGUGGCGAAGAAAAACGUGCUGGGGGCAGCUUGCCCUGUUUUCUCCACUUCUUGUCCGUUCAAGACGAUCAUGGUGAACGACCGGGCACUCGUGGAUGAGUUGGAAGUGCGGUCGUGGGCCGUGUUUGCCGCCGACGACGAUGAAAAGCAGAGCCCCGUCGGUGACGACCAACUCGCCAAAAGCCUCAAGUAUGGCACGAAAAAGUCGCACCGCGAAGCGGAGAACGUUCACUUCGUCCGCGAAUUUAUCAAGGGCCGCAUCAACAAAGACAUCUACAAGAUUAUGGUGGCCAUGUUGUAUUACAUCUACUCUGAACUGGAAGCCCUGAUGCGCGACGCCGCCGCCAAGGACGAUUCGAUUGUCGCACCGCUGCACUAUCCCGUCGAGUUGGAGCGCACGGACGCAUUGAUGGUCGACUUGGAGUUCUACUACGGGCCUAAUUGGCGAGACAUCAUUCCAGCACCGUCCAUCGCGACGCAAGAGUACAUGGAUCGCUUGCGAUUCGUUGGAAAGACGUCCCCGGCGCUUUUGGUCGCUCACGCCUACACUCGGUACAUGGGCGACCUCAGCGGCGGCCAGAUUCUCCGUCGGACUGCCAUCAAAGCCAUGCGACUCGAGAACGGCAACGGCACGGCCUUUUACGACUUUCCACACAUCCAAACAUCACACAAAGCCUUCAAAGACAUGUAUCGGCGAACACUCAAUACCCUCCCUGUGACGCACGACGUGUCGAGGCAGUUGGUUCAAGAAGCCAAUGUGGCAUUCGUUCUCAACAUGAAAGUCUUUGAAGAGCUAGAUGUCCUUGGUGGGUUUAACACAGUCGAGAACCAGCGUGGCGAAGCUGUCCUGCGCCGACGACAGCUCACCAUGGCAGGUGAGCAACAGCCCGCCGCUAGUACAAUGGACUCCGUUUGCCCCUUCGCCAGCAUGAUGGGUCAACCAGGCAUCAAAGAACUCGCCAUCAAGUACCACCGAGACGAGCUCACCGCCGACGAAUUCGCCCAUCUCAAAGCAGAAGUCGACGCGCUCAAGGCUACACGUUGCGCAAUGUGGCUGAAGACGUAUGCGUUGUCUGUGGUGGCCGUGGGAGUCGCGAUCGCCGUGGGGGCCAUGAUGCAUGCGUCGGUGUGCUAGCAAUUGAACGCAGGACCUGUCAACAGCAAUCUAUACUUCAAGUGCGGCUGCAUCGGCCCACGUAAUCCAUCCCUCAUGACUUAAACUCGUCAGGCGUUGUCAGAGAUCUGUUCCAUGUGACGAGAUUCAGCGGACAGUCUGUCGGUCGUGCCACAGACAAACCUGCACUGAGAGAGUUUC